UUUUUUUUAUUAUGGAGUUCGAUCAAGAAUAUUCAAUUAGUGUUUUUUUUUGUAAUAUUAUUCCUGAUUUAGGUAGUCUAAAUUUUUACCUAUAAUAUUCUUUUUUUUUUCGAGUCACGUAUUCUCUUUUUUUUAGAACCAUCACGACAUACAGUAAAACAAAGAAGAUGGAGAGCACGUCGAAAACACAAGCCUCACUCAAUAGAAUUAUCUUUAUCUCAUACAACUGUACAACAACCUAUUGAGCAAAAUAUAAAUCUAUCAUCUGAUACUGAAAGUUUUGAAGAUAAUUUUAUCAAUGAUGAAAAUGGUAAUUUUGAAGAUGAUUCUAUCAAUGAUGAAAAUGAUAAUUUUGAAGAUAAUUUUAUUAAUGAUGAAGCUGAUUACAAUAUUGAUUUAAAUUCAGGUUUUGUUGAAUUAACUGAACAAAUGGUUCAACAAGAAGUAGAUGAACCAUUAUAUAAUGGUGCAUCAAUUACAUUUAGAUGUUAUCAUAAACAAAUAUUAGAGUUUGGAAAUUUAGUUAAAUUGAAUGAUUCCAAUAUGAACAAAUUAUUAAAAUUGAUUGACAAUGCCUUACCAAUCGGAAAUAAAUUAGUAAAAUCAUAUAAAAAGCUAGUUUCAAUUUUUCAAGAGCACUCAUCAUUUACCAAAGUGUUAAAAUGUACCAAAUGUUUAGAAAUUGUUAAUAAUAAUAAUUGUUGUUCUAUAACUUGUGAACAAAAUCAAACUCAACGACGUGUAGGUGAUAUUAUUGAACACCUUUCUGUUGGUCGAUCAAAUAAACAAUUGAUUGAAAUUAUUCGUCGAAACAAACAGUUAAUAUUAAAUUAUCCACAACUUGUUGAAAAAUUAUUACCAUGUGAUGUUAUGACAAGAUUAGUUUAUCAUAAGAAAAAGAAAAACCUUCAAACAAUAUCCAACAACAUGUUCCCUAUCACAUUAAUGUUACAUAUAGAUAGUACACCUAUUGUUCAUUGGACUAAAAAACAUACGUGGUUGGUAACAGCGUCCAUAGUGGAAAUUCCACCACCACUUAGAGAAAAUCAAUUCAAUCUUUUAUUAUUAUCUUUAUGGAAUGGACCUGUUAAACCAGAUGCAGAUUCAUUACUAAACGAAGUUUGUGACACAAUUAAACAAACUUUAAUUGUUGAUGGUAUUAAAUUUUCAGUUGAUAUAUUAUUAUUUAAAGCAGAUUUACCAGCUCGUGCUUUAGCAACUAAACACGUGCAUCACAAUGGAUAUUAUGCGUGUCUUGAAUGUGAUCAAGAAGUAAACCUUCGUACGUCAACAAGUAUUGGCAUUUGUGCAAAAUUAGUUAGUCAAAAAACCUCCGAUAAUAAUUGUUAUGGUGUAAAAGGUGUUAGUCCAUUAGCAAAGGUAUUGGAAAUUCCAACUCAAAUAGAUCUUGAUGCUAUGCAUUUAUGUUUUAUUGGACAUUGCUCUUUGCUUUUAUCAAAAUGGGAAAAAAUAAUUGUGAAAGAAGCUUGGUACUCAGCAGGUCCAUCAUCAUCUCAUGUACGUGAUUCAAGGUCUAAUAUUCAUCAACCUAUUAAUCAACCAUUAUCGUCGAUGCACAAUUCAAUUACAAGCAACCAUAAUAAUUAUGUAGCACCUGUCACAUCAACUGAAAUACCGGUGAAAAAGCGACGACCUGCUGCUAGUACAUUAGUUGCUCCAUCAACUGCGCCACUUCCUCGUAAACGAUUUAAUCCAGCUGUUCAAAAUACAGCUGCUGCAAUGAUGAGUAAUCUUUCUGGUGGUGAAAAUACACUUAAUUCAAGAACAGUGAAUCCACCUACAAGGUCCAUUUCUGAAACAACACAAAAUAGUUAUUUAUAUGAUAGAUAUUUUUUGUGUUCCAUAAUUAAUCUUAUUUCAGUUUUAGGUUUUAAUCAGAUUUUGAAGCCAUUGAUGAAGUUAUGUGAAGAAACAAAUCAAUUAGUAAAAGAAAUGUUGAAACAAAUGACAGAACAAACACAAUUAAUCAAAGAAUCGCUCAGUUCUCCACGUGAAUUACAAAAAACAGCUCAACAAUUAUCUCAAAUUGUUCGUAUGGAAUUAAACGGAAUCAAUUUAGGUCAUGUCUCACGUGGUCCUUCGUUAAAUAUAACAGCUAGAUCUUUAGUUCGUGCUGCAUACGGUGAAAAAGCAUCAUUCAAUGAUUUAGCUCCAGGAGAAUUUGAUCUUCUUUUGGGUUUUCUUGCUCGAAUUCAUCAAUUAAAUGUUUCAUCUGUCCUUACAGAAAGUCAAUCAAUCAAGAACUCUUUACAACAAAUGAAGCAUGACGAAAAGAAGAGAAAAUUCUCACUUAGAUCGUCCAUUACUUUAUCAAAUCAAGGAACUUCGACAGCAGGUCAACCAUUAUCAUCAUUGAGUAACGACGAAGAUGAUGACAACGACAAUGAAAUCUGA